GGUCGCAGCGUAGUGACGCAGCCCUUCCCUCCACCCGCACCUGCCAGCAUGGAAGCAGGGGGUGGAAGCGCGGUCCCGGGACCGGCGCUCGGGGAGCUGCUGGCGGACGAAUGUUAUGCUGAUUUUUUAAAAGAAGACUUUGAUGUAAAGGCUUACACUUCCCAGUCUAUUCAUCAAGCCAUAAUAGCUGAGCAGUUAGCAAAACUUGCUCAAGGAAUCAGUCAGCUGGAUAAAGAGCUCCACUUGCAAGUAGUUGCAAGGCAUGAAGACCUGUUGGCACAAGCAACUGGGAUUGAAUCUUUGGAAGGUGUCCUUCAGAUGAUGCAGACUAGAAUUGGUGCUCUACAAAGUACUGUUGAUAGAAUCAGAGCCAAAAUUGUUGAUCCAUACAACAAAAUAGUAUCUCGCACAGCUCAGCUAGCAAAACUUCAGGCUGCUUGUGACUUGCUGCGGAGAAUAAUACGCAUCUUGUAUCUCAGUAAGAGACUUCAAGGACAGCUGCAAGGAGGAAGCAGAGAGAUAACGAAAGCUGCACAGAGUCUCAAUGAACUUGAUUACCUUACCCAAGGAAUAGAUCUAUCUGGAAUAGAAGUCAUUGAAAAUGACCUGCUUUUUAUUGCCAGAGCUCGACUAGAGGUUGAAAAUCAGGCUAAACGUUUGCUUGAGCAAGGCGUAGAGACUCAGAAUCCAACUCAAGUGGGAACAGCUCUACAGGUUUUUCAUAAUCUUGGAACUUUGAAGGAUACUAUUGCUAAUGUAGUGGAUGGGUACUGCGCAUCCGUGGAGGAGAACAUCAGAAAUGCUUUGGAUAUCAAAGUUUUGACUCAGCCUUCCCAGGCAGUUACAAGAGGGGGGCCUGGCCGAGCAGCUAUGCCAACACCAGGAAACACUGCAGCCUUCCGAGCAGCUCUCUGGACAAACAUGGAAAAACUCAUGGAUCAGAUCUGUGCAGCUUGUGGCCAGGUGCAGCACUUGCAGAAAGUAUUGACAAAGAAGAGAGACCCUGUUUCACAUGUCUGUUUCAUUGAGGAAAUAGUUAAGAUCCUCCACUUCCCCACAGACUUCAGUGAAUGGCUUUGCAAAGUGAAAAGCUAUUUAAAAAGCAUGGCAGAACGUUUUGGCCUGGAUCCUAUUGCACAUGAAGGCCAGUCAGAUAUUUUUUACAAAUUUUGGACUGCAGUAACUCAGACUCUUUCAUCUCAGUUUCAGACAGCAACAGACUCUUCUAUGUUUUUGAAGCAAGCUUUUGAAGGAGAAUACCCUAAAUUACUGAGACUUUAUAAUGACUUGUGGAAGCGGCUGCAACAAUACAGUCAAAAUAUUCAAAGAAAUUUUAAUGCAAGUGGAAGUACAGAUCUUUUAGCUGAACUGCAGCAGAUGGAAGAAGAUACUCAAGACAUAUUCAUGCAAAAGAAACAGGAUUAUGAUCCAGAAAAGGCCUUGAAAGAUUCACUGCAAUCAUAUGAAGCUGCUUAUUUAUCAAAGUCUUUAUCACGACUCUUUGACCCUAUCAACCUUGUCUUUCCUCCUGGGGGUCGUAAUCCUCCUUCUUCAGAUGAGCUUGACAGCAUUGUUAAAACUAUAGCAAGUGAGCUGAAUGUUGCUGCUGUUGAUCCAAAUCUCACAUUAGCAGUAUCAAAAAAUGUGGCAAAAACCAUACAGCUCUUUGGAGUGAAGUCUGAGCAGCUUCUAUCCACUCAAGGAGAUGCCAGCCAGGUGAUUGGCCAGCUUACUGAAGGGCAGAGAAGGAAUGUGGCUGUAGUGAACUCGCUAUACAGACUGCACCAGUCAAUGCUGAAGGUGGUUUCCAACCAGAGUUCAUUUCCAGCAGUUGCUGAGCAAACUAUUGCUGCAGCCUUAAAGGCAGUCCAUGAUCUGAUGGGUAGUGCUGUGCAACCCUUAUUGAAUUCAGUCGGAGACUCAGUAGAAGCUAUUAUCAUCACUAUGCAUCAGGAAGAUUUUUCUGGAUCAUUAUCCAGCUCAGGAAAACCAGAUGUCCCUUGUUCUCUGUACAUGAAAGAAUUACAGGGCUUCAUUGCAAGAAUCAUGAGUGACUACUUCAGACACUUUGAGUGUUUCGACUUUGUUUUUGAUAACACCGAAGCCAUUGCUCAGAGAGCAAUUGAACUUUUUAUUCGUAAUGCCAGCCUAAUAAGACCCCUUGGUGAAGGUGGGAAGAUGCGACUCGCUGCUGAUUUUGCACAGAUGGAGUUAGCAGUUGCUCCGCUCUGCAGGCGAGUAUCCGACUUGGGGAAGUCUUACAGACUGCUGAGGUCAUUCAGACCACUGCUUUUCCAGACUAGUGAACAUAUUGCCAGUAGCCCAGCUGUGGGAGAUAUAAUUCCAUUCAACCUGAUUCUUCAAUUCUUAUUUACAAGGGCACCACCUGAGUUGAAAUCACCAUUCCAGAGAGCAGAAUGGUCUGUUGCCCGUUAUUCCCAGUGGCUGGAUGAUCAUCCAUCUGAAAAGGACAGGCUCGUUCUCAUAAGAGGUGCACUGGAAGCUUAUGUUCAGUCAGUGAGAACAAGGGAAGGGAAGGAGUUUGCACCAGUCUAUCCCAUCAUGGUUCAACUACUGCAGAAAGCAAUGUCCACACUUCAGUAAAAAUGUCCAGAAGACUCGUUAAUACAGAAAUUGAAGAGUGAUGGAGUUGGGUUGCUGGCAUUGAUUCACGUGUUUAUGGGAUUAACCAAAGCUUUUUUUAAUACUACUGUCACUAUUUAGGUGCUGUUAAUGAGAUACAAACCUAGUCUAACAAAGUGUACAAAAUCCUCUUUCUGAGCUCUAGUGAACUGAAUUUUGGGAACAGGUUUAUAUCAAAACAAAGGUUUCGUUGGAAUAAAUAUAAUUUCCUGACAUGGUCACUAAGAAGAGGUCAGUCUUGUUUGAGAAUCAUUUUCUAAUGCCCUUUCUGGUAAGACGCAAAAAUUGGGACCUGCUCAUAAUGUUCUAGGGCAGCAGGGGCUAACUUUCUGGCAGGUUUGCCACAAACUCUCUCUCUACUUCCCCACAUGCCACUCAGCUCUGCUGCUUUGCUUUCUGCUCCCAGCCCUGUGCUCCUUGCCUGAGCUGCAGCUUUCUGUUCCACCUGCUGCUGGGCUCCCCGUCCGCUCCCCAGUUGGCUGCCUGCUACUUAUGGCACCCGUGCCACAGGCUGCCCACCCUGUUCUAUAACAGUCUACAAAAAAUUGAUUUCCUGUAAAUGGAGCAGAGAGGGGCUUAGUUUUUAGCAUUGUGCAGACAAAGAUAGCACUUUUCUAAGGCUAGGAGAAGGGUGAAGCCUCAUUAGGAUGUAGUUUAUAGCUAAACAUUUCAUCUGAAAAGCACUAAGUUUACUACAAGGGAAGCAUUUUAAUUUCUAAACUAACGUAGAGCUGAUUCUCUGUAGCAUUGCUGAAGCUUUGAAGUAAUUUAUCCUGAUGUUACUUUUUUCUUUUUGCUACCAGUGUAAUAAAGAGCACCCACAAUCUUUUGAUCUAGAA